AUGUUGGUCCUCUUCUGGCGCGCGUGUCUCCCAUGGAAACCACUCAGAAGGGUACAGAAGCCGAGCGAGACGGCGAGCGUGGCUGGAAAUCUUGUGGCGAGAGCUCGCUGGCAAGAGGAGUCUCUGGACAGUUGGACUCCAUUCCUUAACCCUGAGUGCAGCUUCAGCAUCAAUCUGGGUAGUCCGUAUCUGUCAGCGACGGGCUCUGAUAGCCCCAAAUUGGGUGCACUGGUCGCUCCACACCUCGGUGGCAAUCUCAGUCCGUUUCCGUUCGCCGCCUCGCCCCAGCUGAAUCUGGCUGCCUUCCGCUCGCCCGCAUUCCUGGGCUCCCAUGGAUUUUCCUUCGGCGGUGGCUUUGGGUACACGCGAGACUCCACGGGCGGCGGCAACGGUGCCGUGCCGUUUGACUGUCAGUCGGGCCAAUUGAAUCAUCAUCACCACCAUCCGAGUGCGUUUCGCAACAACAAUAACAAUAGUCCAGUGAAUCUGUUUGUGGGCGCGAGUGGGAAUUGUGUCAGUGGUGGUGUCGUGAGUGCAACAGAUGGUGCCGAUCGCGAUGGCAAUUUGAGUGACUACUGCUACGACCGUGCACAGCCCAAAGAUAUCGACAGUCAAGACGUCGGCUACACAAAUUGUGCCUCAUCCAGGGACGAAGACACCCCGCACUACGCCACAAGUCGCGACAACAGUCCCCUGCAUCCCAACCUACCGCCCGAGAGCCCGGACGGCGCGGGCAAGCGCCUGGACACGGACAGUCCCGUCGAGAGCUCCAGGUCGUACCUCAGCCAGAAGAGUGACGACAUCACCGGCUACCACAGCCCGCAGAACGAUAGCAUCGGAUCGCGGAGUCCGGAGAAUCUCACAGGGAGGCGAAGUUUAGACUACCCGUCGGCAGGGCAGAAGAACGUGUCAGACAUGCUGGAUCACAAACUGCCCCUGAGCUUCCUAGGCCCACCCCUGGCAGCCCUGCACUCUAUGACCGAAAUGAAGUCGCCCGGCGGCACGGCAGUCACUCAAACGCCCUCACAGUCCAACCAAACCGGGACCGCCAAUCCGCACGGCAUCGACAACAUUCUCUCCCGACCACCGCCAGUCACUAGCGCAGGGCUCAGUGCUUUGACAGGCGGAGCCAUGCCAAGAUUCUCAAUAGCUGCAGCCGCUGCUGGAAUGGCUCAGUAUCUACAGCAGAGUCAGCAAGGUCCUUUGAAGGCACACUCGGGCUCCCUGGUGGACAGACCUCAUCUCUAUUGGCCCGGGCUUCAGGGACUCGUGGCGAAUCCCAUGGCUUGGCGGGAUCGAUUGGCUGGUUCCAUGGCAGGAAGUCUCUCCCAGUCACACCAGCAGCACGACAAAGAUGGCAAGAAGAAACACACGAGGCCUACAUUUAGUGGUCAACAAAUAUUCGCCCUGGAGAAGACCUUCGAGCAGACCAAAUAUUUGGCUGGUCCGGAGAGAGCCAAAUUGGCCUACGCCCUGGGAAUGACAGAAUCUCAAGUGAAGGUGUGGUUUCAGAACAGACGGACAAAGUGGCGCAAGAAGCAUGCAGCCGAAAUGGCCACGGCCAAGCGAAAACAGGAGGAACUGGGCGACGGUGACGGCGACUGCAGUGAACCCAUCGAUAGUGAUUCCGAGAGUCUGGACUUGGGCGAGAGCGGCCGCAAGAGGUGUCGCAUGGACGACGACAUGAGGCAAUAGGAGGCUUCGCUCACAUCCCACUGAACUCUUUAGCCCAUCCUGCUCUUCGACUUUCGUGGUGAAUUGUAAUAUUUUGUGCAAAAAAAGGAAGAUUCUUCAUAGAUUAGAGGCAACUUGGAAAUUUGUAAAAAAAAAAGAAAAUAUUGAGAUUUUACUUAACACUAAAUUAAAUGAGGAUUAAUUAAAGACAGACCUUAGGUGAAUAAAAGACAUUUACUAUAUACAAUGUAGUGUAAAUAAAUUGGAUUUAUCGAGGAUGAGGAAUGCUUUCAAUAGAAUGCAGCAUUUUGAGGAGGUGAAGAAGAGAAAAGAACAAAAAAAAAUAUUAAAGUACGUUAGUGUUUAGGCGAUAAUGGAAAAUUUAAUCGAAUUUAUUUAACAAAAGAAAAAAAAUCCAGUAAUGCAUAAGAAACAUUCCCACUCUGAUUUAUCAUUCCACGAUAAGUAUUUUCUUCCUUUAUAUAUUCAUGCAAACAGUGAGAGUGAAAAAUACCCUAAUUCACAAGAUAUAUUGCAAAGACAAGCCCAGCAGUUAUUUAUAUUUAAAGAAAAUGAAGUGAAAAAAAUGGAAAUUGUGAUCAUGUCAGAGCGUAAAAAUGUCUCAGAAAAAUCUCGAUAAAAGCAUAAAAAAAAGAAGGAAAAGAGAAAAAAGUACCCAAUAAAUUGUUUAAUGGCAAAUUUAUGGCUACGCAAUCCCGAAGAAAACGGACAGAUGUGUGAGAGAGAGAAAUGAUUGAAGGCAUAAAAUGAGGAAUGAUUAAUAAAUUAAAUUGUAUAUGUAUAUAUAUGUUGUAAUGUAAUGAUCUCUAAACUAACAAUAAAACGGCGAGAAUUAUUAUAAUUGAAAU